AUGUACAGUGGCCAUUUUGCCUUUGCAAAUGUGAUUCGACGGUGGUAUCCUGAUACACCAGCAUACAUUCUUGUUCUUGGUGUCGGUUGGCUUGAUGUAGUAUUUGCCCUCUUGUGCCUUUGGGGUAUUGAAGGAUUUGUAGAAGAUCCUAGUGCAGGUUUACAAGGCGCUAGUGGUUUCUGCGACUAUUCUCAUAGUCUUUUUGGGACCAUUGUAUUGUCAGCUUUGUAUGGGGCCAUGUUCGGUGUUCCUGGUAUGGUGGCUUCAUUGUCUCAUUGGAUACAAGAUUGGGUGGUGCAUAACGAUGACUUGUUCCUCGACCCCUUCAGCAAGAUCCUCCUUGGUGGUACCAAUUUUUGGUCGCGGUUUCCAGAGUUGGCAUUUUACUUUGAAGCCUUAUUCAUUGUGGUCUGUGCAUGUGCUGCACCCGAUGCACGUAAGCCACGCACGAUAGCUGCCAAUGCAUUUUUACUCGCUUUGCAUGUGAUGUCUCGCUUUAUGCUUCCCACCACCAUGAAGCAGUUGGUGUCUAUUGAAGAUGAUAGUACUCGGUACUUUGCAACGGGUGCUAAUAUCCUUGUUGCCAUUGUCAUUCCAAUCAUUGUCAUGAGCACUUUAUUGCAACCCAUAUCCUCCUCUUCCUCCCCAUCAGCUGAGACACAAAGAAAAAGAGAUUGA